GAGCCUCGCACCGCAGCAGCAGCAGCAGCUGGUGCAGCCGAGGAGGCGACUUUGUUACCGCGGAGCCACCGGAGAGGAAACGGCUGAGCGAAAUCUCUCGGAAAAAGAAGUGUCAACAGUUUUAGGGGAAAACGGCUCGACUGAACGUCCGUGGCCAGGAUUUGGCGGUGGCAGCUGCUUUACGAACUUGUCAGCGGAUUUGAACUUUGUGUUUUCGGUCGAAAAAAAGAGGUCUUUCUGAAAGUUGAGCCGAAGAGGAGUUCUCUCAUUCAGGAUGUCGGACUGAGACAAAGGGGUCUGGGGGGCAUUCCCGUCGGAGCGGUAAAUCUUGAUUCUUGGAGUCUCCUCUGGAUGGGAAAGAUGGAGAGGGAGCUGCAAUGGUGGAAAGGACAGCUGGCUGCAGAUAUCCAUCAGUCCCUCCGCAUCAAGGAGCUGAAGUUACCGGUCUACCGGGCCCACUCUCCACAGAUUGGCAUGCGGCGGUACUUUGCAGACUUGCUGGCCAUCCUCAGUAAUCGCUAUCAGCUAUGUCCUACAGCACGUCACCUGGCCGUGUACCUGCUGGACUUGUUCAUGGACCACUAUGAUGUGGCCGUCAAGCAGCUCUAUGUGAUCGCCCUCUCUUGCCUGCUCCUAGCCAGUAAAUUUGAGGAGAAAGAGGACCGGGUUCCCAAACUGGAGCAGCUGAACUCUUUGGGUUUUAUGUGCAGCCUGAACCUGGUUCUCAACAAGAGGGAUCUGAUCAAAAUGGAGCUCCUGCUGCUGGAGACCUUCGGCUGGAAUCUGUGCAUGCCCACACCCGCCCACUUUAUUGACUACUACCUCCAUGCCUCGGUGCAGGAGGGUGACCUAUACAACGGCUGGCCCCUGUCCUCCCUCUCCAAGACCAAGGCUUUCAUGGACAAAUACACUCACUACUUUCUGGAAGUCUCGCUGCAAGAUCACGCCUUUCUGAGUUUCCGACCAUCCCAGGUUGCUGCUGCGUGUGUGGCAGCAUCUCGCAUUUGCCUUCAGAUUUCCCCGAGCUGGACAACCGCCCUGCAUCUGCUAACAGGCUACACCUGGGACCACCUCACCCAGUGCAUUGAACUUAUGCUGCUUGCUCAUGACAACGAUGUUAAGGAGGCCAACAAAACCAAAUCCACUCCUCCUCACCGACCCUCCUCCCUGCAGUCUCAGCCCCAGACCUCUCACCUCUCUCCAGUGUCAGCCAUCCAGAGACCAGCCUCCUCCUCCUCAUCCUCGUCCUCCACCUCCUCCACACCACAGCUGCUCUUUCAGCCGGAUGGCUUCCCACACCUUUCCCAGCAUUCCCCGUCUCUGUCCCAGCUGCAGGCGUUAGCUGACUCCCAGGCUCUGGGGCCUGUGGUGAACAUGUCUCAGGACUUCCUUCAGAGUCACAGGAUGGGUCUGCUGACUGGGGCUCCCUCCAUGACUCCUGGGGGUGGCUUCCCCUCCUACCCGAGCCUGACCUCCGGUCUUCAGCCGGGGGCUCGCGCGCUGCCGCUCCAGGGCCCCAUUUCUGUGCAGAUGGCCCUCGCCGCAGAGCCACGACACUGUCUGAGUAUGGCCUACAGCGGGGGCUACCUGGGGGCCCAUCACACCUUCACAGCCGGCUGCUUUGACAGGUGACGCCAGGAGACGGAGAGGGAUCGCAAACCCCCACGGGAGCGCACUACUAUGCUUCCGUCCCAGCUCCCCACCCUGAAACAUCCACUUACAGACCUCCUCUCUCUCUCCGUCGGCUCCGCAACACCUUCAACAUGUCCAACUCCCCCGUCCCUCUCACAGAGACGCCUCAAACGCAAGCAGAGGUCCAAAGGCAAGACAGACCCAGUGGAAGUCAUCACACUGACGUGACAAACGCUCCACUAACUCAUGUGAAACACUGAGGCAUUACAAAAAAAUGUUACUGCCAUAUUCUGAACUGGUUUUUAUAAAUCUGUGUUAUUAUGAGACUGACAUCACUGUGAAUGAGAUGAAAGCAGCAGUGUGAUCUAACACCCACCUCAUUCAGUGCCUGUUCUCAGUUGUGUGAUAGCUGAGCCAAUUUUAGAAGUGCACAGAACACAAAGUGUCUGUGAUAAGGAUAUCUUGCUGCUUGACAUAUUUUUUUUCUAAUUUCUAAUCCCAAAAAAUGAACACGUUUUAGAGAGAAAGAUUGGCUGGUAUUGUUUCUUGAGCCACCAUUUGAGAGAGACAGAGGAAGAAACAACAGAGGCUCAUUGCUGACUGGACAAGACACAAAAUGUAUGUCGGUGAACAUUGAUCUAUUGCCUGUAAGCUCUGUUAGAGCUGAAGGGCCCCUCUGGGAAUUCCUCACCACACAACACCUCUGAGGGGACGAAGAAUUCAUUGUUUUGUGCACAGCAGGUGAAGUCUACAGCUCGAACACACCUGCAAUGUUUCAUUUUUUUUGAUGAUUUUUUUUUUUGUUUGUUUCCUCUCCUCUCUGUCCUCCUCAUCUCCUCUCUCCCACCUCCAAAGUCAAGCCUUGUGGCAGAGCCGUCACGCGCCCCGGGUCGCUCUCUCAAAGCUGCAGGUUUUGUCGUACUUAAGUUUUAAUUUCUCCAGUGUCCACCGCUCAAAGAAUUGAACACAAACUGAUGUGACUGGACCAGCGUGGCAAAGGAGACGUGGACGCUGGUUGAGUAUUGUACAUAUGAAUUGCUGCUGCCUUCUAAUGAACUGUUGGUUCUGUGUCUGUGUUAAUGACUCCAAUGUUUACAUGAACCACUAAGUAUCAGGGACUUGAACAAGAUUACUUGAAUAUGAUGCCAUUGAAACAUGCCAUAGCUUUUAUUUAUAAUGACUCAUCUUUUUCUUGUUCUAGUUUUUUUUUUUUAAAUUCAUUUUGUUUGAUGUAGUGUAGCUUUUUUUUAUACAAACUUAGAAACAUGCGUUGAUUAAUUAUAGUUUUCUUUGUACCUGUUCAUAUAGAAACUGUAUAUUCAGGCUCAGGUUUUAAGGCUCAGACUUCUCAAGCAGCCUUCUCAUUACUCUGUGCUAUUAUGCUUUAAAGUGGAUGCUAAUGCAGCAUCUGUGGGGUCUGAAAUGUCCCCCCCUCUCUUCAUCACUGGACCAUACUCCACUUACAACUCAGUAACUGAGUGCACAAAACCGUCUGUUUGCAUCGCAGUGGAACAACCUCGUGGUCACUGGUUCCACACAAACAUCUGCAGCCAGUCGUCUGUAAUUGCCUCCAAGGUUUCUUAAGCUGCGAUCUCCAAUCUUCCACUUCCUGUUAAAGUUUAAACACAUCCAGAUUCCCCAAUGCCAGUUGCCCACUGGUUACCAUGGUGACACCUUAACUGACCAUGGAGCCCAACUUGUUGACUGAAUUAGGGCUGUAACUACCCGUUGUUUUUAUUGAUGAUGAAUCUGUCGAUUAUUAUCUUGAUUCAUUUGUGUUGUCUUUAACAUUUCUCAAAGUGGUGAAAAAUUUAAAUCACUCUCUCUUACCCAAACAACAGUCAAAAUCUCAAGGAUAUUCAAUUUAUCAGAUUUGACAAAGCAGAGAAUGAAUUCUAAAAAGCUGGAAUUAGGAAAAGUUUUGCAUUUCUGCCUGAAAAUGACUAUUUAAAAACAUUUGAUUAAUUGUCAAUGGACAAAUUCAUUAAUCGUUCCAGACUUCUAGACUGAAUUGAAACCAGCGCCUACUCAGUGUUGUGGGAAUUUUUGAGCUUGGUCUUGAAGAAAUUUUUAAUAACUUUGACAUAAUGGUUGCAAUUUCCUAGACAGACUGUAAACUGCCUGUGGUUUGAUUGUUUUGACUUAACAUUUCAAGGUGUUUUUGCUGUGGACAGAGGACUUCUUACUGCGUUACUGCCUUGUCCUCAGCAGCUGCCAUGCUUGAGCUGUGAACCCUGAAUUCACAGACUUGUGCAUCUCGCAGAUAACACUACAUGAAGCCUUCUGAAUACUGUAAACACUCAGACUAAUAUAACCACAAAUCACCAGAUCUUGUACAGCUAGACAAAUAUUUGUUUUCCAAACCACUGAAAGGGACACGCUCAUGUGCUUUUCAGUGACACAAACUAAGAUACUAUGCCUUUCUUUUGCUAUCGUUCAUGUACAGUUUUGUUAUCUUUUUUUUUUUUUUUUUACAUUCCCUUUGUUUUCAUUGUAUUUUUUAGUUAAAGCUUUUUGUGAUUCUCUUGAUGAAUGCUGUUGGUGUGAACUAGAUUUUUUUUUCUUAGAGUUCAACUUGCUCUUUUCCUCAUAAUUCAUGAGCAACUUCUCACUGAGGUGUCAAAGGUGCAAUAUGUUGUUUUUGUUUCUGUUUAAACUGACCACAGCCAUCACUGUCUCGUGUACACCACUGGUUCAUCUUUUUGUAACUUAUUUUUGAUAAUUGUGUGAUUUGACUUGCUGUAGCUUGGUUUCCUCUAGAGGGCAGUGGGCUCUGAACACAAUGAAUAUGUUGCAUAUUGCAGCCACUUCCUUUGAGUGAUAGAUAUUACUGAAUGCUUUUGUCCUUUAGCUAGAGUUUUACUGUGCAUUUUUCCGUCCCGUGAAAGGUGCUGAUGUCACUCACACCAAACAACACUUUGUCUAAUGUGAUAGUAAUGAAAUGACACCACAAACUUUCAAUUAAUAUUUUUAUAUUAUUUUGUACCAAUCUGUAGUCUCCGUUUAUGUGACACUGAAUGAUAAAAGGAAGUAUUUUAUCAUAAUGUGCCAUGGAAAAAUAAACACAGAAGUGAAAUGAG